AUGGAUGAUAGUAGUCUAGUGCUAGUUAGUGAUGCAUCUGAUGGUUCGAGAAAAAGAAAACGAACUAUGUCUAAACGAGAAAGGGCAAAAAAGUGCGGUAAGUUUGAAUAUAAAAGCAAAUACAUGAAUCAUAUGCCUAAUGCUGAAGAUUUUGAAGUGAAGUGCAAGCAUUUAAAAACUGCACUCGAGUGUCAUGGAGUUUCUACAGAGGAUGUAAAACGUGUUAGAGAGUUUGUGUAUAGACAACCAAUAAAAACGAUAAUAGAUGAUAAAAUAGCCCACUUAAUUGAAGUUAAAAAGGAAAAAAGAAGAGACAACGAUACAAAGUAUCAGAACUACUUGAAACGAGGUGCGAAAUUAGAAAAUUACCAACCUAAGCAAAUUGAACUGCGCAAUAGCAUUAAAAAAAUUAAGCUUGAAAACGUUAAAACCCUAUUAAAAAAGUAUCAAGAAGACUGGGAAGAUAAUGAAACCUUCGCUUGGUACAAGAACCUACUAAAUGAAAGAAGACAUCCAACAGGAGACGAGGAAGAAACAUGCCCGGAAUCCGACGAUGUAGAUCCAGAAUUGUGUGAUUGUGCGGAGGAAGACAUUGGCUUGAAAAUAUAA